CUACUCCCACUACAGUCUGAGAGGUAAUCUAAUGGCCUCUGUACAGUGUUGCAUUCAUUCAUGACUGCCCAUUUCUCGUGAAGCUUAUUACGUGAGAAAGGAAUUUCCUUUCUCUUUCUCUCUUAACUCCCAGACCCACAAAUCCCCCCCACUCUCUCUCUCUCUCUCUCUCUUCGAGACAGAGAAAGGAAAAAAAAAAAAAACACCUGGUCCGUGAAAUCUGUACCCCAGCAACAGUGUACCCUGUUUUAUUUCGUCUUCUGCUUCUUCUUCUUCUAUUUCGUUCAUUGAAGAAGCCUUUGCUUUCUUGACCCUCAGAGUCAUUUUCUCUUGUUUGGUUCUGUGAUUAAUCAUAUCAAGUUGAUAAGAAAGAUAUGGGCAUUUUCCAAACACAACCCAUGUUCCAUAAUCUAUAAUGCAACUCCUUUUUGCUACUCUUUUGUUUGUUUCUUCUUGUUUUGGUCCUUCUGACUCUCACUUUCUCUGAUAUGAGUAUCUGGGUUUCGUUAUAAACCAUUGAUGAGCUAAAAACCUUUGGGGUGGGGUUUAAAGUCUGAAUUUUUUUUUGCCCUUCUUUCUUAUUCAAGAAAAGUUAAAAACCUUCUUUGGAGUUUUAGAUUUUGUGGGCAUUUCUUUUUUUGGCCUCUUAAAUAUUUUUUUCUACUGAGAGAAAGUGAUUUCUUGACAGAAUAGUAAAGGUGGCGUUUUUUUUUAGCUUUGUAUAAACUAAGAUUUUUGUUUUACUGUUCUGGAAACUGAAGCUGAGCCGGGAAAGCAGUGAAGAAAGAAGAAUUGUCUUCUUGAGAGUUGAGAGUGUUGCAAGUAAAGAUUUUGGUUGCGGCAUUGAAGGAUCUUUUUGGCUCUUUGAUCAUUGCUGUUUGGUCUGGUUCUGAAAUUGAUUUUGUUUCCAAAAACAGAAGCUUCCAGCAGUAGAAGGCAAAGCCAACAAAAUGGAAAAUUUGUUAUGGCUAUGUCUUCUGCUAGUUGGGUUUCUGUCAAAAUCACAGUUCGUUGGUGCUCAGGUUCAAGAUCAAACUGCAUUAUCAGCCAUUAAUAAAGAGCUUUCAGUGCCUGGAUGGGGUACCAACAGCUCAGAUUACUGCUCUUGGCCCGGGAUUACUUGCGGUUACAACCAUUCAAUGGUCAUAAAGCUUGAUCUUUCUCGCCGUGAACUCCGAGGUAAUGUGAGUCUUAUUUCUGAGCUCAAAGGUUUGAAGUGGCUCGACCUCUCUUACAAUAAUUUCCAUGGUUCAAUUCCCUCAGCUUUUGGGAACUUGUCUGAGCUUGAGUUUCUUGAUUUGUAUCUGAAUAAAUUUGAGGGGUCUAUUCCCCCAGAGUUGGGUGGCCUCAGUAACCUUAGAACAUUAAACCUCUCCAAUAACAUGCUUGUAGGAGAAAUACCAGAUGAACUUAAGGGCCUAAAGAAACUGAAAGAUUUUCAUAUCUCUAGCAAUAGAUUGAGUGGCUAUAUUCCAUUUUGGGUGGGCAAUUUGACCAAUCUGAGAGUUUUUACAGCCUAUGAGAAUAACUUAGGGGGUAAAAUUCCAGAUAAUUUAGGCUCAGUUUCUGAGCUUCAAUUGCUGAAUCUGCAUUCUAACCGGCUUGAAGGUUCCAUACCAAAGAGCAUUUUUGCUUUAGGCAAGCUGGAAGUUUUGAUCCUCACCCAGAAUAAUCUGAGUGGUGAACUUCCUGAAGAUAUUGGGAACUGCACAGGUCUUUCUAGUAUAAGAAUUGGAAACAAUGCCCUCACAGGUACCAUUCCUCGAGCAGUUGGAAACAUUAGUAGCCUCACUUACUUUGAAGUAGAUGAUAAUAAUCUCUCUGGUGAGAUUGUUUCUGAGUUUGCUGAGUGCUCUAAUUUGACCCUCUUAAAUUUAGCCUCGAACGGGUUUGCUGGAACGAUUCCACGCGAGCUUGGACAGCUUAUGAAUCUUCAGGAAUUGAUUCUUUCUGGAAAUAGUCUGUUUGGAGACAUUCCAGAGUCAAUUAUCGGGUGCAAAAAUCUCAAUAAGCUGGAUCUAAGCAAUAACAGAAUCAAUGGUACCAUACCAGUGGAUAUCUGUAACAUGUCUAGAUUACAGUACUUGCUAUUGGGUCAGAAUUCGAUCAGAGGAGAGAUUCCUCAUCAAAUUGGAAGCUGUGGUAAACUGCUUGAGUUGCAAAUGGGCAGCAACUAUCUUACUGGCACUAUCCCUUCUGAGAUUGGUCAUAUUAAGAACUUGCAGAUAGCGUUGAAUUUGAGUUUUAAUCAUCUGCAUGGGGCACUUCCAGCUGAGUUGGGGAAACUUGACAAGCUGGUUUCUCUUGAUGUCUCUAAUAAUCAGCUCUCUGGCAACAUACCAAUUGCGUUAAAAGGUAUGUUGAGCUUGAUUGAGGUUAAUUUUUCAAAUAAUCUGUUCAAUGGACCGGUGCCUAUUUUUGUGCCAUUUCAAAAGAGUCCAAAUUCAAGUUUUGCUGGGAAUAAAGGGCUCUGUGGAGAGCCAUUGAACUCUUUAUGUGGGAAUUCCAACAGUCCUGACCAUCUGAGCCACCACAAAGUCUCCUACAGGAUCAUCCUAGCUGUUAUUGGCUCCGGUUUGACGGUUUUUAUAUCUGUUACCAUAGUUGUUCUCCUAUUUAUGAUGAGAGAGAAACAAGAGAGGCUAGCCAAAGCUGCAGGGGUUGAAGAAGAAGUGGUCAAUAACCGACCAACAAUAAUAGCUGGAAAUGUUUUUGUUGAUAAUCUAAGACAAGCAAUAGAUCUUGAGGCUGUGGUUAAGGCAACUAUGAAGGAUUCAAACAAGAUCAUCAGUGGAACUUUCAGCACUGUCUACAAGGCAGUUAUGCCAUCUGGGCUGAUUCUGGCUGUUAAAAGGCUUAAAUCUAUGGACAGGACAAUCAUUCAUCACCAGCAUAAGAUGAUCAAAGAGCUCGAAAGGCUGAGUAAGCUCUGUCAUGACAACUUAGAGCGGCCCAUUGGAUUUGUUAUUUAUGAAGAUGUUGCUCUUCUGCUGCAUCAGUACUUACCGAAUGGCACAUUGGCGCAGCUUCUUCAUGAAACCACAAAGCAACCUGAUUAUGAACCUGACUGGCCUACGAGGCUCUCCAUUGCGAUUGGAGUGGCAGAAGGAUUGGCGUUUCUCCAUCAUGUAGCAAUCAUUCAUCUCGACAUUUCGUCGGUGAAUGUUCUUCUUGAUGCCAACUUCAGGCCCUUAGUUGGGGAGAUUGAGAUAUCGAAGCUCUUAGAUCCAUCCAGAGGCACUGCAAGUAUUAGUGCAGUUGCAGGCUCCUUUGGUUAUAUUCCUCCAGAAUAUGCAUACACUAUGCAAGUUACAGCUCCAGGAAAUGUUUAUAGCUAUGGUGUUGUCUUGCUUGAGAUCCUUACCACCCGAUUACCAGUUGAUGAUGCCUUUGGCGAAGGAGUAGACUUAGUGAAGUGGGUUCAGACUGCUCCUGCUAGAGGCGAAACUCCAGAGCAGAUACUCGACGCUAAGCUUAGCACGGUUUCCUUUGGCUGGAGGAAAGAAAUGCUUGCAGCUCUCAAGGUUGCCUUGCUCUGCACUGACAGCACAUCAGCCAAGCGGCCGAAAAUGAAGCAGGUAGUCGAAAUGCUUCAAGAAAUUAAACAAAACUGAUAAGAGAAUUGCCACCUAAACUUUUCUGAGCUGUAAACCCGGUCGGAUCAAGAAAGCUCAUCAACAAAAUAACUAGUUUUUCCACGUAAAAUCUGAUCAGAUGAGUUUUACUUUCUUGGAUAACUGUCAGCUUGUAACUAUAUUUGAAAUCUGGAACAGAAAUAGUUGGUGAGUUAAUCCAAGGAGAGAAGGGUUCUGUUUCAUAUUAGAUGAACAAUCUUUUGUAUUUUCAAUGUGGGGAUGUAUGUUUACAUAUUAUUUUAAGCUUAUUUUAUAAAUGAAGGUAAAAUCUUAUACAACAUAAACUUAUUGAGUUAGCUUUGUCUGAUAUUCAUAGUGUAAAGUUUAGAAAGAACAUAGAGAAUUGAACUGAAAAGU